UUCAUGAAUUUCAAAUGCGUUGUUGCCAUUAAAACUAAAACUAAUUGCAAAUGCAAUAUUAAAAUUAAUGAAAUCUCCAAACCAUUAGAGUUACCCUCUCAAGAAGCCCAAUUUUUUGACAUUUCGUAAUUAUACCAUCAUAACUUAAACCAAGUCAAAUUCCUGAUCACAUUCUACUCGACUUCGAAAACAUAGCUGUGCUUACCAUUCCAGUACCCAAAGAAUAGAACGACGAAAUUGAACUGACCGACACCUUCCAAUUAAAAGACUUGAAAGGCAAAUAUUACAUCCUGUUUCUACUCUCCAAAGACAUCAAAUUCGAAGCAAACCAAUCCCAUCAGAGUCCCCUGAGACAUUACCUAAAGUCCUACAAGACCAGAACCAAGGAGAGACAGCAAAAGGCCAAGACUCAAUAAUUAAUCAAUUAAUAGCCUAAUUCCACAAAAUAACAGAACUAAAAUGAACUCCUUAAACAACAAUACGAAACCGUCAAAGAAGAGAACAAACUCCUGAAAAUGAGAGAACGAAACGACUACUUGAAUGAAUUAGAAAUAAGUCAAGCCAAAAGAAAACAAUUGCAAUAAUUUAUCUCCUAAUUGUCCGAAGAUCUAACAAAUUAGAAUGAAUCACUGCAAGAAAAGCAUAUCCGAUUAUCCAAUGAAUUGAUUGAGUUGCAGUAGAGGUUCGAUGAUCUCCAAUCACUUUCCAUAGAACAACAAUUGAAAAUCGAAUAAAUGCAUGAAAUCAUCCAAGACAAAUAGUCCUCGGUAUCCCAUCUGCAAUCCUAGAUUGAAAAUCAAGAUCAAAAUAAAUAGAUGCUCCAACUCUAUGCCAAAUAGAAGAAGGAUCUCGAAUAAGUCUUACAGUAGGUUUCCAGUUAAUAUGAGAAGGAUUUGUUGGACAAACAAUAGCAAAUUCAGAGAUUGAAAAAUGAUGAAGUAGUUAUUUCAUUAUAAAAAUAGGUCAAUCUCCUGAAAGAGAAGGAGCAGAAAUUAGAAUUAGAGAAUGAACUCUUAAAAUAGAAAAUUUAAUCAUAAGAUGAAUAAUUAGAGGGAUUGAACAAUUACAUCAAUCAAUAAAAAGUCAAAUUGAGUUUGGUGGAGUAGAAAAACUGUUAGAACUAAAUAUUCGAGUAAUUGAAUAAUCAAUUAGAAAAAGAAAUAAUUAACAAGGAUAAAUAGAUUUAUAAAUUAUAAGAUGAUAUUUCACUUCUGUAAAGACAGAUAGGUUUCUAGCAAUUCCAUUAGAAUGAUGAAUACGAAAAAGAAAUCAGGUAAUUGAAAGAAUCAAUCGCAAAAUAGCUAUUACAAAUCAAUUCUUUGGAAAGCGAAAAUACUAAAUUAAAAACUGACAACCUAAAAAUUGCUGUGCUUCACCAAAAUUUAUAAUCUCUUAAGAUUUAAUAUUCAAUCCCUGAUUUUCCUGACUUAAAACCAAUUAAUUCAAAAGUAUCCUAAUUUCAAUCCCAAAUAGAAAACCAAAUUAAAGAGGUACGUUUGCUUUAUGUUAUAAAUUAGUUAAAUAAUUUAAGAUAAACCAUUUUUGACCUCAGUAAGAGACAUGAUGAAAAGGAGCUGCACAAUUCACAAUUGAAGACUAUGAUGACUCAAAUUGUUGAAUCCAAUUAAGCCUAUAUGCCAGCAAAGGGAGAUGACUUGGAUUAGCAAAUAGCUAAUUUUAUAAACAAUAGAGUGGAUAAAGAGAAAUACAUCCCCUUACUAAAAAGACAAUCUGACGGAGUCUAUUUAUAUGGACACAAAAGAAUAUUUAUCAAAUAGGAGUAGGGCAAGAUUUUGAUAAGAAGUGGAGGAGGUUAUUUAACUAUUGAAGAGUUCCUUGGGCUAAAUGAGAGUAAGAUGAAAGAUCUAACCACUGAUGUUAUUAAGAGACAAGCAAUACAAAAAAAGACUGAAAGAAUGAAAACGAUUACUUGAAUUAAGG